AUGGGGUUUCCGCAAGCAGGAUUUGCUCGAUUACUGAAGAGUCUAAUACUGAUACGAGGACCGGAUGCUACCAAGUUUCUCAAUGGUUUACUAACUUCCCGAUUGUUACCCAAUGUAGUCAAAAAAAAACAACAUACAAUAUCGGAUUCGGAUGAAAUGAGGCUUGCGGAUCUUCAAGAUAUAAUAGAUAUCAAUACUAACUAUGGACUAAUGCAUGAGGAUAUAUAUGAUCCUGACCAUAGUAUUAAUAUUGGUAGAGAUGGGAUAUAUUCGAUGAUUCUAAACUCCAAGGGAAGGGUUUUCACUGAUUUAUAUUUGUAUGCGUUCCCCUUUCAUAAUUUUCGAGAAAUGUUUCUUGAGACGAUGAAGGAGCCGGGGUAUUUAUUGGAGAUAGAUGAGGAUAAUUUGAGUAGAGUGAUGAUGAUGUUGAAAUUACACAAAUUGAGUGCUAAAGUCAAGGUACUACCUGACUUGCAAUUGCAUUCGUAUUAUUACUAUAAUGAUUUUGAUACGUUUGAUAGAUGGCUAGAGAAUGUGCAACUGCAAUAUUUCCAAUGCCUGGAUCCCGUUAAUGCUCUACAAAGUGCCAAUUCAUUUAUACAAAACCAGGUUAUCUUUAAUAGACAUUAUGCAAAGAAUAUACUAGGUUUUGCCGUGGAUAAUAGGAUCCCUAAUUUAGGAUUUAAAUUUGUUACUAAUAAGUUGGUUACACUGAAGAAUGAGGAUGGAAGCAGUAGCAUUAAGAAUGAGGAUGGAAGCAGUAGCAUUAAGAAUGAGGAUGGAAGCAGUAGCAUUAAGAAUGAGGAUGGAAGCAGUAGCAUUAAGAAUGAGGAUGGAAGCAGUAGCAUUAAUAUAGAUGAGUUAUUCUCAGCGUCUUUUAAAAAGCAGUUCAAUAUCAAUGUAAUAACCGAGGCUGAAGUUACCAAAAGAAGAUUCGAAAAUGGAUUGUUUGAGACUAAUGAUGCAGCUAAAGACGAGAGUCUUCUUCCAUUUGAAUGUAAUUUGGACUAUGUCAAUGGGUUGUCGCUUGAUAAAGGGUGUUAUGUGGGACAAGAGCUAACUAUUAGAACUUAUAACAACGGAAUCAUUAGGAAACGGAUAUACCCGGUGAAAUUUUUCAAACUAACUAAUGAACUUGAUCAUAAAAAGGAGAUCGAGGUGGCAUCAGCAGGAACACCAAUAGAGCUCAAUAAUAUACCAAUUUCAUCGUUAUCCAAGUUUAAAAUCACACCAUUAAACAAUACUACAGAAUCAGAAAAGACACCGCCAUUUCCCGAGUUAACACCAUCACCGUUUGCAUCUGUUUCUACUUCUUCUAUUUCUACUUCUUCUUCUUCUUCUUCUUCUUCUUCUUCCUCCUUCCCCUCCUCAAGACCCGUGCGGAAAAGGAAAAAUUCUAGUGGGAAAAUAUUAGCAGUAAGGGAAGAUUUGGGGCUUGCUCUACUUACAAUAAGUGACGUUAACAAAUGCAAAUUUUUCAAGUUAGAACCACCGUCACCAGAAGUUCCCAGUGAGCCAAUUGGAUUGAAAGUUGUUACACCAGAUUGGUGGCCCAUAUAG